AUGCAUGGUCAUCUUUACUGCAUCAAAGAAGAAGAAUCCAGGGAGCUGAGAUGCGAAUCCGCCUCAGAAUCCUCAGAAACUGCCUCCUUGGAGGUAUUGCAUACAUACGAAAAGACUCACCUCCUAUCCAUUAUAGCUGACGAAGACACGGUGGUGGGAUUCCUCUUGGGAGGUAUAGGUGAUCUGGAUGAAGACGAUAAUCCCAACUACUUCAUCGUCACCAGACGGACUACCGAUGAGGACAUAGAAAGAGCUUUUUAUGAAUUCAGUAAUCGCAAGGACAUCGGGAUCAUCCUCAUUCAGAAGGAAGCGUCUGCUAGAAUCCACAAUGGCAAGGACUUGCACAAGAAACGUUUUCCGGUGGUCAUUCAGAUCCCAGGGAAGAAUGGCCCGUAUGAGAUCUGCCUUGAUCAUAUUUUCGAGAUUGCCGACGCCCAUGAGAAGGAAAAAGAGGGUAUAUUGCAAGAAAAGAGAGAUUCAAGCGAAAGGAAAGCUUCCAUGGCAUCUUCAGAAAGAAGAUCGUCACAGCAGAGUCGAGUUUCUGAUACUAAUGGAGAUUAUGCGGAAAAUUUUUUCAAAUAA